AUGACUUCAUUACUGCAAAGGAAAAGACAAAAUCAAAGCUCUGUGGUUGAAUUCAUCCUCUUGGGUUUUUCUAACUUUCCUGAGCUCCAGGGGCAGCUCUUUGGGGUUUUCCUGGUUAUUUAUCUGGCGACCCUGAUAGGAAAUGCCAUCAUUAUAGUCAUCAUCUCCCUAGACCAGAACCUCCAUGUUCCCAGGUACCUGUUCCUCCUGAACUUAUCUGUGGUGGACCUGAGUUUCAGUACAGUUAUUAUGCCUGAAAUGCUGGUGGUCCUCUCUACUGAAAAAACUACAAUUUCUUUUGUGGGCUGUUUUGCACAGAUGUAUUCCAUCCUUCUUUUUGGUGGGGCUGAAUGUUUUCUCCUGGGAGCAAUGGCUUAUGACCGAUUUGCUGCAAUUUGCCAUCCUCUGAACUACCAAAUGAUUAUGAAUAAAGGAGUUUUUAUGAAAUUAGUUAUAUUUUCAUGGGCCUUAGGUUUUAUGUUAGGUACUCUGCAAACGUCAUGGGUAUCUAGUUUUCCCUUUUGUGGCCUUAAUGAAAUUAACCAUAUAUCUUGUGAAACCCCAGCAGAGUUAGAACUUGCAUGUGCAGACACGUUUUUGUUUGAAAUCUGUGCAUUCACAGGCACCUUUUUGAUUAUUUUGGUUCCUUUCUUGUUGAUACUCCUGUCUUACAUUCGAAUUCUUUUUGCCAUCCUGAAGAUUCCAUCAACUACUGGGAGACAAAAGGCCUUUUCAACCUGUGCCUCUCACCUCACAUCUGUGACCCUGUUCUACGGCACAGCCAAUAUGACUUAUUUACAACCCAAAUCUGGCUACUCACCAGAAACCAAGAAACUGAUGGCAUUGUCUUAUUCACUUCUGACACCUCUGCUGAAUCCACUUAUCUACAGUCUGCAAAACAGUGAGACGAAGAGGGCUUUGAUGAAAUUAUGGCGAAGGCGAGUGGUUUUACACACAAGCUGACUGUGUUGAGAAGCCAUGUAAGAUUUAGUCACUGCCUGACUGUACUCAAUCUAAAUUUAAUAAAUGGUGAAAAAGUUUGCA